CAUGCAAGCACAGAGGUGCAUCCAGCCGACGGGGCUAGACUAAAUGAUGACUGAGCAGCUCGCCUGACUUGACACUUCAUAGUAGGCUGAUCCUUGUUACUAGCUCCUCGUAGGCCGUCUACUUGUCAAAAGCCAUUCGUCGGCGCCUCUUUCCCCGGAAACUCCAUUCCCACACGCCCAGUUCUCAGUGCUCAUUCUCUGCGCUUUGGGUUCUCGAUUGCUCGCUCCACAAGCGAACUCCGACCUGUCCUUGGAGUGGCUCUGCGAAGCAGCCUGGCGAUUUCGCCUUCGCCGUGUUACACUCUGUCAGCCCGUUGGCGCACUCGCCAGGAUGUUGUGGGUAGACAAGCACCGACCAGCCACGCUGGACAAAAUCACUGUUCACCGCGACACGGCGCUUCAGUUAAAGCAGCUGGUCCAAGCGGGCGACUGCCCCCAUCUGCUGCUGUUCGGUCCGUCCGGUGCGGGCAAGAAGACUCUCGUCCUGGCGCUGCUGCGUGAGAUGUUCGGACCCGGCGCGGAUAAGGUGAAGGUGGAGAACAAGCCGUGGAAGAUUGAGGCGGGCACACGAAAGCUAGAGGUGGAGCUGACGACAGUGGCGAGCAACCACCACGUGGAGCUGAGUCCGAGUGAUGCGGGGUUCCAGGACCGGUACGUGGUGCAGGAGGUGAUCAAGGAGAUGGCGCGCAACCGCCCCAUCGACAGCAAGGGCAACCGAAGCUUCAAGGUCCUGGUGCUGAACGAGGUGGAUCACUUGAGCAGGGAGGCGCAGCAUGCUCUGCGGCGCACCAUGGAGCGAUACACCGCCGCCUGCCGCAUCGUCAUGUGCUGCUCGUCCGCGUCUCAGGUCACAGAGGCUCUUCGCUCGCGAUGCCUCAACCUCCGCAUCGCUGCGCCCUCCCACGACCAGAUCGUGGACGUGCUGCAGGAGGUGGCAUCCAAGGAGGGCGUCACCCUGCCGCCAGUGCUGGCAGGGCGGGUGGCAGUGAGCAGCCAGCGCAACCUACGCAAGGCCAUCCUCUCCCUAGAAGCAGCCAGGGCCGCGCACUACCCGUUGAGCGACAACCAGCCAGUGCAGCAGAACGACUGGGAGCUCUGUGUGGCUGAAAUCGCUGCUGACAUCAUCAGCGAGCAGAGCCCCAGACGGUUGUUUCAGAUCCGAGCCAAGUUCUACGAUCUUCUCAUCAACUGCAUCCCCCCCCACCUCAUCAUCAAGCGGCUGACGGUGGAGCUGAUGCGCAAGAUGGAUGCGGAGCUCAAGCACGAGGUCUGCCACUGGGCCGCCUUCUAUGAGCAUCGGUUGCAUCUGGGACAGAAGUCGAUAUUCCACCUUGAAGCCUUUGCUGCCAAGGUCAUGGCGAUCUAUAAGGAGUUCCUCGUUACUGCGUUUGGUUGAUGUAUAGGUUUCGCUGGUUAGCAUCUGGCAUACUGGCAUCUGCAUCUGGUUUAGCUGGUUCAUACUGGCAUCUGCUUGAUUGGGGAGGCAAACAAGGAUGCAAACAAAUGACUGGGUGAAGGCUCAUGCUCAGGCCCCCAAAUUGGUUUUGGAGCAUCAGCUCCACUGUCAGCAUACAGACUUGCCUCCCAUCCCUUGGUAUGGCCAUCAGACUCGCCUCUGAAAAAAAGUAUGAAAAAUCAGAGUAACAAUUCUUAAAGAAGCUUAGGACACUAACUAAACUUAGGAACCUAGCUUAGCUAGGAAGGAAGGAAGGCCGCCAUGGAAUGCCGUGAGGAAAGUAGAUCUAGGAGCGUGAGGAGAAAAGUUGACGAGA